CUCCCUCCUUCUCUCUCUUUCCCACACACACAUUCAGUAGCAGCGCUCAGUGCUGGGAGCAUCUCGCUUGUCUGUGAGGAGCGAGAGAGGGAGGAAGAGAGACGCCACUCGUCGUCCGCUGCUUGCACUACAUUUCACCCUCCUGUUUCUGAGGGACAUGAUGGAGGGAUAGCGGAGGGAUGAAGGAGGGAUGAAGGAGGGAUAACAGAGUUUCCCAGACGAGCCCUGGAGCUGAUUAUUGAGUGAACGGUGUGUUGUUUAUCCUGGCUGCUGAAGGCUGCUGAGUGUAACGGCGUGACGGCUGCUCCUUUUCUCUUUCGGGUUCUCCUUAAGGGAGAAGAAAAGGAUCAGUAGAGGAGUGGAGCGUCGGAUGAUGCGAGCGGACGAGAGACUGCGUUUAUCUCACACCUACGACAAAGUGUCACAGCUAACGCCAUGAGUCGCAGUUUCCCCCGUCAGGUUUAGGACGUUAAGUGAAAGUACUGGACUAUGAUGAGUAAAGAUGGACUCUGUGCUGUGUUCUGGCCUCAGCGAGCCGGGAAACUCCUACUCCUGUCCCUUUCUCUGGUUCUUCUGCACACCAACAUCACGUUCUCCAAGAACACACACUACUCCUGGAAAACAGGCCAGUGGGGACGGUGUAAAGGAGAAGAAUGUGGCUCCAGCGGUGUUCAGUCUCGCAGUGUAUGGUGUGUUCACUCGGACGGCUGGCACACACACCACUCCAACUGCCUCCACUCUGUCAGACCCGACAUUCAGAGGACCUGCUUCAAAGUGUGCGAGUGGCAUCAGGACCUGUUCGAAUGGGACGUGUCCGAGUGGAGUUCCUGCUCUCUUGCUGCAAACUCUAAUGACCUGAGGACGCGAGCUCCAGCGCCUGAGUGCAUCACAGCCCAGCAUGGUGUUCAGAGACGUUCGGUUCGCUGUGUCCGUAUGCUGAACGGCACAUCUGUGUCCGAUCGGAUCUGCGAGUUCUUCUCUCCGCGGCCGCCUCUGGAACAGGCCUGUUUGAUUCCCUGCCCUCUAGACUGCGUGGUGUCUGAUUUCUCCUUGUGGUCACGCUGUAGCGGCACGUGUGGUCUAGGGUCAAGGCACCGGACACGCCAUGUUCUUGCAGCACCUGCAUAUGGUGGAGCCGAAUGCCCGAGUCUGAGCGAAACACAGCCGUGUGAUCACACGUUGCCAUGUCCGAUAGACGAGGACAGGAACCUGUAUAGCCUGAAGGUGGGAGCGUGGACUGAGUGUAGACUUCCACAGAAGAAAGACAUGUUAUUAAAUGAAAGGACUCCCCUAGAUUUUGGUCUUAAGGAAAGGAAUAUGGUGAAACGACAUGUUCAAAUGGGCCGAUACCAACCUACACACUAUGCACCUCAACACCAUCAUCACGAUCAAACCCAGCAACAUCGAUAUGUUUACCAAGAUCAAACCCACCGCAUUCAUCAAGAACGACGACAGCAUUAUCAAGACCAACUUCUUCAUAAACAUCAACAUCAGCAGCAAUUUCAACAAAAUCCAGUUUAUCGAGACCAAACUCAAGAACAAAGCCAAUGGCAAGAUUAUCAAAACCACCCUCAACAAUACAGAAACCAGAACCACCUUCAACACCAACAGCAAGACCAAACCUACCCACAAAAUCACCUGCACCAACCUCAUCAUAAUCAGAUUCAGCAAGAUGAACAACAUUAUCAUGAAGACCAAACCCAGGUUCAUCAAAACCAAUUCCGACUUCGUCAAGACCAAAACCAGGUUCCUCAGCACCAAAACCAGCAUCAAGUAGAUCAUCAAAACCAAACCUACCAAUACCAUCACCGCUUGCAACUCCAUAUUCAGCCUCAUAUGCCCCAGCUCUGGCACUCCAAGGAUCCCGUGUUGUGGGAUGUAGAGAUCGGCUUCCAGACGCGCCAGGUUCGCUGCAUGGCCGGCGAUGGAAAUAACUCGGUGCUGAGCCUGUGCUGGGGAAACAAAGAUCUUGCAACCUCUCGCUCCUGCAUCAUGGUCAGAGACUGUGGCACCUCCGACUGGUCCUCCUGGAGCUCGUGCUCCAAGACCUGCCAAUCAUCUGACCUGUCUCCUGGGUACCGUGUGAGGAGUCGAACUGUGGUCCAGCCCAGUGUGGGGGGAGGGAGGGAAUGUUCUGCUCUCCAGGAGAAGGAGGCCUGCAAUAUUAUCGGGGAUUUGCUUCCAAAAUGCCCCAGGUACGAGUGGAGGAGUACAGACUGGAGCGAUUGUCGCGUUACUCCUCUCCUCAGUCAUCAGGAGAAGAAAGCGGUGAACAUCAGCGCUCUGUGUGGAGGAGGAGUUCAGAGCCGAGACUCGUACUGCGUUCAGGUUCAGGACGAGACGAUACCGAGACAAAGGAGAGAUGUCUCUCGGCCGGUCAGUGUAAGUCUGUGUGAGGAUACACUCGUCCCGUCAUCUGUCCGUUCCUGCUCUCUGGCCUGCUCUCAGCCCUGUCUCCUGACUCAGUGGUCCUCAUGGGGUCCCUGCCUACCUGAGGACUGCAGCCAGGGGAGGAGAGGCUACAGAGAGAGGAGAAGGCGAGUCCUGGGAGAAGGAUCUGGAAUCUCGAUAGAUUGCGGCCAUGUGCUGGAGUUCAUUCCCUGUGAAGAUCCUGUGUGUUUCCAGUGGCGGGUUGAGGAUGAAGGAGCAUGCAGGGCUAACGAGGGGACCUGCGGCUCAGGCGUCAGAAGGCGAUCAGUGACCUGCGUCAACUCUGAAGGUGUAGUGGUGGAGGCGGGGCUUUGUGAGGAAACCCCACCCCCUGUGGAGGUAGUUUGUGAGGUGGCCUGUCCUGGUGACUGUGUGAUCAGCUCCUGGUCUGAUUGGUCUCCAUGUUCUCAAUCCUGCGCCAAGAAGAACACAGAGGGCAAGCAGAGUCGCUCACGUAUCAUUCUCGCUUCACCUGGGCAAGGGGGUAAAUUAUGUCCUCCUGCCCCAUCUCUGGAGGAGUGGAGGUCCUGUAACAACAAUCCGUGUGUGGUGUUUUAUUGGGAAGCGUCUCCCUGGAGUCCAUGUGUCCCCGAUCCGUCCGUCUCUCUGAACAGAAGCGAUGCCAGCAACCACACGUUGAGCUGCUCAGCAGGGCUUCAGACACGCAAAGUCACCUGCAUGAAGAUCAACGGAGCUGCUGUCACUGCAAAACGGUGUCCUGACUCGGCAAGACUGGACUCGGUGCAGUCGUGUGUGUUACCGUGUAAGAGAGACUGUGUGGUGACUCUGUUUAGUGAGUGGACAGUCUGCCCUCAUACCUGCCUACCUGCAAACUCGACCACGCCCACCCAGUCUCGCUACAGGAUGGUGGUCCAGCGAGCAGCUGGCGGGGGUCAGGAGUGCCCUGAUACACUGUUUGAGGAGAGAGAGUGUGAACCCCUUCCUCUUUGUCCCACCUACAGGUGGAGGCCACACAAGUGGCAGGCGUGUACGCUGGUGCCGGAUUCACUCAGACAGGGAACACUGGGAGAGGUGGAAACAUGUGGAAGAGGCCUGGAGAAGAGAGCACUGAGCUGUGUGAACGAGAACGACGAACCAGUGGGCAUGUCCGAGUGUGUACAGUGGGCGGGGCCGAUGCCUCCUCAAGUGCAGAGCUGCUGGAUUUCCUGUAAGGAUGACUGCACCUUCAGCCCCUGGUCCAAAUUUUCAGAGUGUUCCGGCUGUGAAGGGACACGGACCCGCAAACGCACUGUCACUGGGCGGAGCAGGAAGCGAGAGCGCUGUCUGAAGGAGGACGUGUAUCCGUUGGUAGAAUCCGAGCCAUGUGUGUGUGACAAGUUAAUCUCAGAACCUUGGGGCAACUGGUCAGUGUGUAUCCUGCCCAAAGCCCCGGCGACUCUGUCACCAAAUGGAUGGAGAGGAGAAAAGGAAGUGAUUGAGUGUGGGGAGGGAAAACACUACCAUGCAAUGGCCUGCCUUGACCAGAGUGGACGGCUUCUUGAUCCAUCUCACUGUGCAGAGACAGAUUUGCAGGAGGAAACCUGCUCCAUCCCAUGUCCCCUGGACUGUCGUCUUAGCUCCUGGUCCCCCUGGUCCCCCUGCAGCGUGUCCUGUGGCAGUGGACUGAGGGUUCGCUCCAGAUGGCUGCGAGAGAAACCAUUUAAUGGGGGGCGACCCUGUCCCAAACUUGACCUGAAGAAUCAGGCUCAGGUGUCUGAGGUCGUGCCAUGUCGGGGAGUGUGUGCAGUGUAUCAGUGGGUUACAGAGUCCUGGUCCUUCUGCUCCAUCAACACUGUGGAUGAAGGGAGCACAUGUGGAGAGGGAGUGCAGAGCCGCAAGAUCCGGUGUGUAUUGCAUGGGGAUGGGGUUAAUGAGAGUCACAGUGUUAAUGACUCUCUCUGUGAUCAGGAUGAUGUUCCUGCUCAGGCUCGCACCUGCACCCUGCCGUGUCCCGAUGACUGCGUGAUGUCGCCCUGGAGUCACUGGAGCUCGUGUCCCAUGUCUUGUGAUGCGAACUCUGUGAGGACGAGGACGAGACAGAUGCUCCGCCCCCCCAGCGCCCACGCCACCUGCCCCGGGAGAAAUGAGACGGAGCCGUGCGCCUUUAACGCCAACUGUUUCAACUACCAGUACAACGUCUCUGGUUGGAGUAGCUGCAUGCUAAGUGAGCAUGCUGUGUGUGGUGAAGGGACCAGAAUUCGGCUGCUUGAUUGUAUACGCAGUGACAGCAAACUGGUGGAUCUGAGUGUGUGCGACGAGUUGGCACUGUCUCAGCCCUGGACUCUAAGUGAAGCUUGCCGUGUGGAUUGUCCCAUCAGCUGCAUGCUCUCGGAAUGGACCCAGUGGACCGAGUGCUCACACAGCUGUGGAAACCAGGGUGUUACGAGCAGAUCUCGACGUGUCCUCCAGGAAGCCCAUGAAGAAGGACGCCCGUGCCCUUCACAGCUCUCGCAGACUAAACCGUGUCCUAUCAGGCCUUGCUACAGCUGGCUGCUCGGAGACUGGUCAUCCUGCUACGUAGAGGGUGCUGAGUGCGGAGACGGCGUGAGGCGUAGGAACUUAUCGUGUGUUGUACACUGGGGACACUGGCCCAAAUCAGGCGGUCCGAGACCUGACGUAUAUGCUCCAGUUCUCCAAGUGGACAAUGAGAAAUGCAACGAACAGUUUGGGACAGAGAACGAACCAGAACUGCAGCAGCCAUGUUUCAUUCCCUGCCCAGGCGACUGUCACCUGACCGACUGGUCUCUAUGGAGCUCGUGUCAGCUGACCUGUGUGGAGGGGCGGAGUUUCGAGGUAGAAGGUCAUCAGGCACGUUCACGAGCGGUCAUCGUUCAGACUCUGGAGAACCAGGAGAGCUGUCCAGACCAGGAAAUCGAGACACGGCCAUGUAAAGGGGGGAAGUGCCACAGCUACGAGUGGAAGACAAGCUCAUGGAGUGAUAACGUGAGGGAGGUGUGGUGUCAGCGCUCAGACGGAGUCAACGUCACAGGUGGCUGUUUGGCGGUGAACAAGCCGACGAGUGUGCGUCACUGCCAUCCUCCCUGCACCAAACCUUUCUCUCACUGCAAACAGAGCGGAGUGUGUGGUUGUGAGAAAGGCUACACGGAGGUCAUGAACACACACGGAUUCCUGGAUUACUGCACCAGGACCCCAGGGGGCGCCGGAGACACCAGGAAAGCCGAUGUGAAGAGCAGCUCGGGGAGGGUGAAACCGGGCCCGUCUCAAAUCCACGACUUCUUUGGCGAGUGGUCACUACAGGCCCUAAGCCCAGAUGGACGGAUUAAGAUGUGGGUGUACGGAGCCACCGGCGGAGGAUUCAUCCUCAUCCUCUUCAUCAUCACUGUGUCCUUUCUCUUCUGCAGUCGACCAGUUAAGCAGAGUAACUCCCCUCCACUGCAGAAAGCCCUGUCUCUGGCCUAUGAUGGCGACGUGGACAUGUGACCAAACCCUCCAGAGAACCAGAAGCUUAACUUUGGACCACGGGCAGCAUCUCAGACCCAGAGAGCUUCACCGAUCCCAGACAAUGGGGAGGAUUUUGGAGCGUAUUUCAGUAACCUUUAGUUUUGACUUGAGAGCAGGACGAGGCUUUGUAAGGAGCCGGAGUCUCGGCGUCGCUCUCACCACGGAGAUUUAUCAUCACUGGGACGACAGAUGUGUCUGAACUUUGAACGAACACAUGGCACCUGGCCGCUGAGGAACCCACACUAUGCACUAUAUUAGUGCUCUCUUUCAAAUCUGCUUUUUUUUUCAGACUGGUUUUUAGUGUGCGUUCGGGUUUUUGUUCCAUUGUGAUGCAGCUGGACUUCUUAUCAUCUGAUGUAUCUGAAUGUGUACAAGCAGGUCUGAUCUUUAUCUUCUUCUGAAACCAAAAGAGAUUGUCGCAUCAACCCAAGUUCUGCCCCUUUUUGACUUUAAGUCCUGUAGCUUGCACCCUCAACCACCAGCAUCGAUCCUCCAGGCUCAUUUCAAUGCAUUAAUAUUGGCACCUCCGAAUAAAGUUCCUGCAGGUUGUUCACUUA